CUCAAAUUUUAUUGAAAUCGUUUGACGUUUUCAUAAAUAAAACUUAAAAUUAAGUGGAUUUAUACUAGAUUUUGAGUAAUUUAAAAUAAUUAUUGUAUGAAAAUGGCUGUUUGUAUAGCUAUUAUAGGAAAAGAUAACUCUCCAAAGUACUUUACAUGUUCAAACCCUUACGAGGAACUAUUUUUUCAAUACAAAGUUCUUUCAUCUCUAGAUAUAAUUGAAGAGAAACUAAAUAUUGCAUCAAAAGGUGGAACCGAUGUCAGAGAAUUGUAUUUGGGGAUGUUAUACUCUUUAGAAACACAUAAAAUAUAUGGGUAUGUAACUAAUACGAAAAUUAAAAUUGUUAUUGUGGUAGAAUCAUCCAAUACAAUUUUACGUGACAACGAAAUUAGAACAAUGUUUAAGAAAAUUCAUUCUAUUUAUGCUGACCAUGUUUGCAAUCCUUUUCACAUUCCCGGAGAUCAAAUAAUAUCUAAGUAA